AAAACUCCUCGUUGAUUAUGACAUAUCAUUCAAAAGAGUACAGAGAAUGGGAAAGUAUAGAGAAUACGCUGAGAGACCUCGAAACAUAGUGGCGAAAUUCUCAUUCUAUAAGGACAGGGAACAUGUCCGACUCUUGGCUCCGUGCCGACUGAAAGGAUCCCGUUAUUGGGUGAACGAGCAGUAUAUUGCGGAGGUGGAAGAACGGCGGAAGAAACUCUAUCCAGUCACGAGGCAGGCCAGGGCCGAGUGUCGACGCGUCAAACUGGUGAGGGAUGUCCUGUACGUAGACGGCGAGAUGUACGUAUCAGAGACGGAGCCGGAGCGUCGCCAUGGGAAUUCUGAUAAUCCUGCGCGUAAUUCGAUACACGAAGCAUCGAACCCUGGAUCCCCCUGGAACAACCGUCCAUCGGAGAUGAGACAGUCAGCGAAGCGUGCGCGUCAAAGCUCGACCCUUGACCGACGCCGGAGAUCAGACCUCAAAACUGAAACUCCUUUCUCUGAAUGUGUGCAGUUUGAAAAAUAAACUGAAAUAUGCUGAAUUCAACGAGCUUAUUAACAGUUACGAUAUAAUUGGACUUACUGAAACAAAAACCGGUGACUCGGACACUUUUCAAAUACCCGGAUUUGUCACCUUCUUUAAAAAUCGAAGGAAAUUAUCCAACACUAGAUCGGGAGGUAUUAUGAUUGCAUUUAAAGAUGAAAUUGUAAAAUAUGUUAAUAUUAUUAAUACUGAUUGUAAAUAUUGUUUUUGGUUCAAAGUAAACAAAUUUAAAGUAGUCCUCAAUACUAAUGAGGGUGCUUUAUUUGGUGUGGUGUACAAUCCCCCUGAGGGAAGUAAAUAAUCUUCCAACGAUUGUUUUCUAGAAAUAGAGCAAGAAUUAAUCACAUUGUCAAAUGAAAUUAAAUAUGUAUGUGUUCUUGGUGAUUUUAAUUGACGAAAAGGUCAUUUAUAUGAUUUUUUCAUCCCAGAUAAUUAUUUAUCAAAUGCUAGACAAUAUGCUGAUUCUUUCAAACACGGUGUUGAAACCCGUUCACUCAUUUUUGAGAAAUUUCAAACUCCUUUAAAAAGAUGCAAUGUCAUUAGAUUUCUGUAAAACUCCAUUGGCGAUAAUUAAAUCGCCGUAAAUCGAAGAAUUAGGAGCAACGCUCUACUGACACACAUAUUCUCAAAAACUGUUCUUAAUUUCGUGUUUCAUUUAAUAUCGUUUUAUAUUUAAUUUUCUUUCUUUUUUUUUUUAUACUUUGAUUUCGUUUUUUAUUUAACUUUUUCGUUUUUAUUUAUCAAUUUCAUUGUUUUGUUUGAUAAUUUCGUUUUUAUCUAGUUUUGUUUUUCUAUAUAUUAAUUUCGUUUUUUAUCUAAUAAUUUCGUUUUUUAAAUUUAGCUUUGAUUUGUACUAAUGGGCUUCCGUUGAUAUCAUCAUAUGAAACGCAGACUUUCAAACAACUUGAAAGGGACUACGUACAUCAAGUGACAGAAUCAUGUAAACUAAUAAGAUUUUGCUUCUAUUUUUAAAUCUAAAACUCCAGUUUAUAGAUGUUUGAGAUUCACAGUCUAACCGAUAUGGAAUACAUUCGUAUCAAAGAAGACAACAACACUGGAGAUCCGAUUGUUAUUUCACGUGAAGACAUCAUUACUGCCAUAUCAUCACUUAAACGCAGGAAAGUACCGGGCGCCGAUAACAUCUCAAACGAACAUAUUCUUCUUUCUGGUAAUCUAAUUGUGGGAUGUCUCGCCAAUCUGUUCAGCGCAGUUAUUAAUAGUUUGUUUUCAUGUGACGUCAAUAAACCGGAAGUCGGCCAUAUUGGCGAUAUUGAUUCACACCUGCAGUAUUACAGGCUUCCAAAGGUGAUUAACAAUCAAGGUAACGAAUGUAAAGCGUUGUCAGAGGAGAGAAGGAGGUUAUGGAUAGCUAGUCUACAACAAAACUUCGCUGGAAAAAACCUUGAGAAUAUUAGAAUCUGCUCUGCACAUUUCAUCUCUGGAAAAAGAGCAAAUCUUUAUGAAAAAGACAAUCCAGACUGGGUGCCAUCUCUUGACAUGAAAAAACCCCCAACUCCACCAGUAGAUAGCAAGUUGCCAAACACUGACAAUCUGCAAUCACCUAACUUUGAGCGAUUCAAAAGAAGAGAGACGAGAACUGAGAAAAGGAAAGUCAAAGAUGCUGUUGAUUCUUUGCUACUGUUGCAGGAAUCAGAGAACAGAGAACAACUGAGCUCAGAUGAAGAGUCAGGAAAUGCAUUACAAACAGAGAUAUCCGAAGACCUGAUUGAAUCAAUGACAAGUGAAUUACAAAAACUUCGAACGGAGAACAUCAAACUGAAAGCUGAAAUGGAUUUAGCUGCAAAUAAAUUUGAUAAGCAAUAUUUUGAUGGUAAAAAUGACAGAGUGCUGUACUUUACUGGACUUCAAACAUUUCACAUUUUGUUGGCAUUAUAUACAUUUCUUGAGCCAGCAUUACCAGUCAAGAAGACAGUGAACAAAUUUAAGAUGUUGAUUCUUACAUUAAUGCGAUUAAGACUUAAUGUAUCAGCUUCCUUUCUUGCUUAUGAGUUUAAUGUAUCAUCUGCAACAGUAUCGAGGAUAUUUUCUGUUGUGAUAGAUGUAAUGUAUGUGAGAAUGAAACCAUUAGUAUUUUGGCCAUCACUACACGAUCUACGAAAAACUAUGCCAAUGCAGUUUAGAAAAUGUUUCGGAACAAAAUGUGCUGUAAUUAUAGAUUGUUUUGAAAUAUUUAUUGACAGGCCUACAAAUCUCAAAGCUAGGGCUGAAACCUGGUCAAGUUAUAAACACCAUAAUACUGUGAAAUUUCUCAUAGGCAUAACACCUCAAGACACAGUGUCAUUUAUUUCAAAUGCCUGGGGUGGAAGAGUGAGUGACAAACAUGUUGCAGAAAACUCCGGUUUUUUAACAACAUUUUCCCUGGAGACUUGGUACUUGCAGACCGGGGUUUUGAUAUAGAUGAAAGUGUGGGCUCAAUGAUGACCCAGGUAAAAAUUCCAGCAUUUACUCGUGGCAAGUCACAACUUUCACCUGUAGAUUAGAAACAACAAGAAAGAUAGCUCAUGUGCGCAUACAUGUAGAACGAGUCAUUGGGACUGUUCGUCAAAAGUACACAAUUUUGAACGGACCAAUACCCAUAGACUUUCUGAUACGCAAAGAAAAUGAAUCUCACACUUUAACUGAUAAGAUUGGAUUUGUAUGUUGUGCCUGUGUGAAUUUAAGCAGUUCUGUUGUUGAUUUUGAAUAAUAAAUAUGAUUCUU